AUGAAUUCAUAUCUCUUGAACAGGACUCUUGGGUCCAUCACCCCGUCAACCUUCCAUGUUGCGCAAACCACCCGAUUGGUCCAUCAGCUUGAACCAGCUCCCCGAAUCCGCUUCUCGAGCCAAAAGACUGUUCCUGGAGGACAAUCUGAUUAUGACUUGGGGGCAUUUGACGGUGAUAUCGUCGCUCAUAGAGCCGGCGUGAAUGUCCUUGCCGUUGAUCAGAACGAUGGACGAUUCAUGGUAUCUGGUGGUGCAGACCCCACAGUUCAUCUCUGGGAUCUCGAAAGUAGAGGCUCCGAGUUGGACUACGUCCACAGGUCGGUUGCAUCCGUUAGCAAAGGAUCCCACGAGGAUGCUCAUACCCACGCCAUCACCUCGGUCUCGAUAUAUCCGUUCGAUCCAACUCCGUCUACGAUCUUGACUACCGCCCGUGAUGGGACACUCAAGCUCUCUGCAAUAGGGCUGGAUACUAUCACUCCCGUGCAUACUUUCACACUGGAUGCCACCCCAUACUCCCAUUCUCUAUCGUCGCACUCUGGUUCAACACUUCUUAUUGCGGUCGGCACAUCAGACAGAGCUGUGCGCUUACUCGACCUACGGUCUGGUCUAUCUACCCAUGGGCUUCCGGGCCAUAGCUCCUCUGUGCUCUCCGUUGCGUGGGCCCCCCACCGGCCGCACAUUCUCGCCUCGGCGUCCGCCGACAACCGUGUGAUUCUGUUUGACGUCCGCAGGGGCGGCCAUAACUCAGCCAUUGCGACACUUGAUAUGGACGACGCAGUUGGUCUUGUCCCUCCGCAAUGUGCUCCGGAGUCAUACAAAAGCCGCCCGGCGUUCGCGCCGGACGCUCGCGCCCACAACGGUGCAGUAACAGGCGUCCGCUGGACAUCAGACGGUGCACACCUCGUCACUGCCGGCCAGGAUGCUCGGGUCCGAGUCUGGAACGCCUCGACAGGCGCUAACACUCUCGUCCAUUUCGGGCCGCGGAUACGGAACGGCGUUUCCUCACAUCUGGCUGAGCGAGCCCCACUCGUUAUUCCCCGAGGACUGACAGCUCCGGGCCAAGAGACACUGUUGUGGCCGAACUUCAACGAGCACGACGACCGCGGUGAGAUAUUCAUGUUCGAGCUCCGCGAGGGCACGUUCAUCAAGCGUCUCAAGGUACCUGGCCUCGUGGCUGGACGGCAGCAAUUUCGUGGCAAGUCGAGCGCGUUGAGUGCGGCUCGCAUCAACUCCCUUGUAUGGCGCGGGAAUGGGGGCUCGGGAGAAGGGUUGGAGAUGUUUUCGGCUCACGGCGAUGGGACCAUCCGCGCCUGGGUGUCCCGGGAUACAGAGGGAGAGCCCGAUGAAGCCGAGGAGGCCGAGCAGGCUGACCGAAAGAGGAAAAGAGAUGUCCUUGACGAAAUCUACCAGGGAUUCAUCACCCCUGUUACACCGGUAUAA